AUGAGUGAUCCCAGUAGUGAAGAGACUCGGGAACGACUUCUGGUUGAGAGCUUCUUGAAGCUGUCGGGCGAGCACAGCGUGACACACGAUGAACCCCUUCAGCCAGUAGUGAUGCAGCCCGUCAAGGCGGCCCUACGGACCGCCUCAGCAACGUCAUCCGGCGUUAAGAUGACGGGCUCCAUGGGCGUAAUAUCUGCACACUGA